AUGGCGCUCAACCGCAAAUACGCGGCGUUGCCAGACUUGGACUCUGCGCCAGAUAUCUACGAAACCCCAGAGCUGACAGAUGACAACUCUACAGUUCCGACGACUGCAGCUCGGACGCUUUCCGACGACGAGUUCUACGGAGUAGACGACGAGACGCAGAACAUCUCGCGGUCAAGGUUGCGCAUUGACGAAGCGCGCACUCGAUUCUCCCCAGCUACCAUUGAUAUCAGCGGAGCGGAUUUCUCAGACCGUGUCGACGGCAAGCGACGAUCAUAUAAAGCUUCCAGCCGUCGCCAACGGAUAUUGCAGGAUGGGACAGAAGAGCUGGGAGAUCUUUCUGACGAUGACGAUGUGGAAAGUUUGGAACGCAAGAUUGCCCGUCUAAAGCGAGAAGUGGAAGAAACCAAGGACGAAUAUGCCAAACGAAAAGGGGCCUCAGCCGGCGGCGAUGACGGCUCCCCGGGUGACCUGAGGCUCGAGUCUCUAAGCCAAACUUUGGAUGACCUGUCCAGGCGCUCUGGCAUCACUGGCAUCCAGAAAAUCGAUCCAACAUCCUCCAGUACAGGCGAGGCUGUGACAGGAUCGCUCGAAGCUGGGCCUACAUACACCAUCACCUACGCACCAACGUACGAGCAGACACAUGCUCUCGCCAAGGCGGCGGAUUUUGAUCGCAGGUUGUUGAUAUUGGAGAGGAGCCUCGGCAUCAGUUCAUCAUCCAUCUCAGAGGCCGGUGAAGGCGGACUUCCUCGGGCAAUCCUUCCAACGCUCGACUCUCUGGAGAAGCAAAUCUCGACCCUCUCGCAAGCGUCAACUGCCAACCUGGACACAAUCAGUCGCCGGGUACGAGCAUUGGCCACUGAGCAAGACAAGUUGAAUGAAUCUCGCGAAAAGGCAAAGGCCCUACGGGAGGAGCUCGGCAAGCACGCGGGGUCCCCUCCGGCGGACACGUCCGAACAAGAGGCCAAAAUCAACGCCUUGUACGCAAUCCUGCCUACGAUCGAAAACCUGACGCCUAUAUUGCCCCCUCUGCUCGACCGCUUGCGAUCACUCAGAGCCAUUCACGCAGACGCCGCAACCGCCAGCCAGACACUGGACCAGAUCGAGAAGCAGCAGGCAGAAAUAACUACAGAAAUCAAACUGUGGAAAGAUGGUAUCGAGAAGCUGGAGGAAACCGUGAACAACGGCGACAAAGUCAUGAAGACCAACGUGGAGGUCAUGGAAGGCUGGGUAAAGGACCUAGAGCAGCGACUAGAGAAGUUGGCAUAG